GUAGGAAUAGCUUGACGUUUUAUUGUAUUGGGCUGCUGUUGAAAGGUUAGAGGUGUGUGACCAUAGUAACAUUUCGACACAUUAACCCUCAAGGGUGUUGAUAUUGCGACGUGCGGGUUGAGCGAGGGAAGAGGACCCUUGACCGGGCUGGGCGUGGCGUAAGAAGACACGCCCCCGUGAGGGGGGAAAUGAAGCUGUUGUCGCAUCUUUCGACCGAGCCGCUCCAGCCCGGCCGGGCAACAGCCGCUUGUUCCCGCUUACCAUCCCCGCCCCUGCGAAGAUCUUCAUCGAGGUCGGUGAGGCUGUCAAUGAGCUGAACCGGUGCCUGGCUGCGACAAUGGACUGGAUGAUAAAACAUUUCUCUAAGUCAAUACCAUGGAAGCGUAUGAAAUAAUUAAAAUGAUUGGGGAAGGGUCCUUUGGCAAAGUAUUCUUGGCCAAAGGAAAGGAGAACAAUCAACAAUGUGUUAUCAAGGAGAUCAGUUUAACAAAGAUGCCAAGGAAAGAAAAGGAAUCCUCUCAGAAAGAAGUUACUCUUCUGUCCAGGAUGAAGCACCCUAAUAUAGUAGCUUUCUACACGUCCCUUGAAGAGAAAAAUAAGUUAUAUAUUGUUAUGGAAUACUGUGAUGGAGGUGACUUAAUGAAAAGGAUAAUUAUGCAACGUGGAAUAUUAUUUGAUGAGGACAAGAUCUUGGGUUGGUUUGUGCAAAUCUCUUUAGCAUUGAAGCAUAUUCAUGACAGGAAGAUUCUACACAGAGAUGUAAAAGCACAGAACAUUUUUCUCAGCAAUAACGGAAGGACAGCAAAACUUGGUGACUUUGGGAUUGCAAGAAUGCUGAGCAAUACAAUGGAAUUUGCUCGUACCUGUGUAGGAACACCAUAUUACUUGUCACCUGAAAUCUGUGAGAACAGGCCAUAUAACAAUAAAACGACUGUGUUUUCUUUCUUUCAUAGAGAUAUAUGGUCCCUUGGCUGUGUGCUAUAUGAGCUCUGUACUUUAAAACACCCUUUUGAAGGCAACAGUUUGCCUCAACUUGUGCUGAAGAUCUGCAGAGGCCACUUCACGCCGGUAUCUACAAAAUACUCAUAUGAACUAAGAGCAUUGGUAUCCCAGUUGUUUAAAACAUCUCCAAGAGAUCGCCCUUCUAUCAACUCCAUUUUGAAAAAGCCCUUUUUGGAGAAGCAAAUAAAGAAAUAUUUGCCCCCAGAGAUCAUGGAGGAAGAAUUCAGCCACACUGUUAUUCACAGAAAAAGAUCACCAGCUUCACUGCCAUCAGCUGCUAAAGUUCAGAAACUCCAUGGUUAUCAUUCACCAAAAAUCAAGAUGGAGAUGAUUCCCGGAAAACCAGAGUUAUUAUAUCAAAAUGAAUGGAAAUCUCCUUCAAGGGUCCAGGAUGCUAUUAAUCAGCCCUGGGGUCCUCAGAUGUGCAGGAAACCAGAAGCUGCCAGAAUAUGUGGGCACUAUGACCAUUAUUAUAUGAAACUUGAGAACUUGCAGAAGAGGCCUUUUGUGCAGGGUGAUGAUCCUCGUAUUGGCCAGAGAAUGGAAGAGUAUUAUAAGCAGAAAGGGCAAGAACCACCUCCACCUCCACCACAUUGGCCUGCAGAAUAUCUUCAGAGACGAUUCAAUGCCCAGCAGUACAAAUUAAAAGUAGAGAAGCAACUUGGGUUGCGGCCAUCUUCUGCUGACCAACAGUAUUUUCAGAUGCAAAAUCAGAAGAUGAAGGAAGAGCAGUUUAAAGUCUAUCAAAAAACUCUUGCUCAGAAAAAUGAAAUGAAAGAACAGGAAUACCUGAACCAGCUGCAGAAAAUUCGUCAAGAGUACCACAGUGAAGUAAAUGAAAUUAGACUUAAAGCUCUAGAGGAGAAUAAAAAUGUAAAGGACAAAACAUAUAUUGUGAAACAGAGGAAGACUGAGAACCAACCUACUUACAAUAAUAUUAUCCCUGGAGCAAACGAUGAACCAGUUCAGGAUAUUGAGCAAAACCUGAAACAAAUUGGACUGAAUAAUUGGCAGGAGACAGAUGCCCUGGAAAUAAAACACAAAACAAAGAGAGGUGUAAAGUUUCAGAUCGAUCUAAAAGAUGGUGUUCUAGACGUGAACAAUUUCCAUGAAGAGAAAGAGGAACGUGAUAAACUUAAUAAAGCCUUAACUUUUGAAGAUGGAGAAAAACUUAAGAAAAAACUAACAAACAUCUGCGAUGAUUACAUAGACAAAGCAUUGGUAGAAUUACAGCGCUGGGAACUAGAUGGCAACAAUGAAGAGGAUGACAUAGUAAACAGAAAACACUGGCAAACAUCAGCCCCACAAACUCUCCUGAAUCUUCUAGAAAAUGCAGAUGUUACUUCUGUAUGCCCUACCAUGGAUGAAGCAGCGGGCCAUGUAAUCCUGACACCUUCAGAAUUCCACGAAAACAGGAGAAAAUGGAGCCAAGAAUCACCUGGGACACUAAUGAAUAUGUUAGCUGAAGCUGAAUGCUCCAGUGACACUUUGUGCCAAGCUGAGGAGCUCAAGGAGACAGCCCCAUGGAUUCCAAAAAACGAUAAAACUGAUUCAGAAGGGGCUUUUGCUGUUGAAGUGGAUGAAGACAGACUUGAUCCAAGAUCUGAUGAUGACGACACAAACUUUGAAGAAUCUGAAGAUGAAUUGAGGGAUGAACUGGUACAAUCCUUGGAAAAAGUGGUAACAUCUUUACAAGAUGAGAUUAUAAAAGCUCCAGUGGAAUCGGAAGACAAACAUCAACUAACAAAAGAGAAUGUACCUAGUAGUACUCUUAAAAACCCCAAUGAAAGUUUGGAAGAAGAAAGUAACCUCACUGAAGACAAACAGAAAGGAACAAUCAGUUAACACAAACUUGGGUAAUAGUUGCUUAAGAAUUAAUAACAACUAGUGGAACCUAUUUUAGGAAAUGGCUACCUCUUUGUAGGGUUAUCAACCACUAUUAAGCAGUCAAUUGGGUCUUAAUAAGUGGGGGUGGGAAGAGACAUGGUCCAGAUAAUGCAAGGUUCAGUUUAAUGAGCUUUACAUUGAUCAAAAUGCAUGCUGCCAUCUCACUCCUAUUUUGAUAUUAAUAUCUCAUUAACCCCUUCAUUUUUACAAUUAAACAUGUCAGUUCAUCUUUCAGUUCUACAUUUUAAUGUAACUUAGAGCUAUAAAUACCAUCUAAGAUUUUGCAGCCUAGAACAAAUCAACACUGUGGUAUGGAAGCACUUUAUCCACCUUUCCCUCAUAAGUCUUACUACAACAUAGACUAUGGGGACAUUCCCUAAAUUAGGCACUCAUCUCUUCCAUAGGUUAUUUCCCUUGCAUGCCUCCGAGGAUCAUCUGAAAUAUGAGCAGUCAGUGAGGACAUUUUUGAGUAACUACCCUCACCCUUAAAUGGUAUAGGGUAGCCUUCCCCAAACUUACAUUGUUUGGAUCCCCAGCAACCAUGGCUAAUAUUUAGGGAUCAUAGGAUGUAUGGGGACCCAUGAUUGAGGAAGGGUGGUUGUAGGGAUUAUAUAGCAUGUAUAGGGCUUAUAGCGAUGCCCUUAUUAGAUUUAAUCAUCAAGAUAAUAAACCCAUAUCACUAUAGACUGCUUGGAGGACUCAGAUGGUUAAAUGCUUCUACAGGCACUGGCCCUCCCCAAAAAACCCUAAGCCUUGAGGUUUCUAGCUUAGCUUCUAACAUGCUAGUUUUUUGUAUAGAGAAUUUAGUGAUGCAAAUCUCUGUCCCCGUUGAAAUAAUAAAGCCUAUACAAUGUGACUUUCCCGGAUCAUUUUCAUUGCAUGCUGUCUCACACAACUUAAGAUAAUGUACAACUCAGGCUGAUUUUCAGAAUUGUUUGAGUCAUGCUCCAAGGAUGGCCCUUUUAAGUGACCCAGUAUGCAUAUGCCAAGCAGAGAAAAACACACUUGUACUGAUUGUUGAAAUAGAAAGAAAUGGAUGUGAGGGUAGUCCAGCUGUGACAUCUGUCAUGACCCCACUGAUUACCAGGAUUGAUUUGGCUGAUCUGGCUCGGUAGGCGGGUGUCCCUUUCCAACUGCACCGCUCCAUGCGUGUCCCUCCCAAGCUGUGUUUGGUAGAAGACAACGAACAUCCCAGACAGAUGUACUAAUCUUUGGUCUAGGGUAUAUGAUAAAUAGGAAGAAAGCUUUUAGAAACUUACCCUCCAAUUUCGUAAGUAGUUCAGUUCAUAGGGAAAAAAUGGUCAAAUGUAGAUUCAAUUUGAUAGCAUAAAAAUUGAUUGGAAAACUAAAUUUGGUUCUUGCUUCUCAAAAGAGCACACUGAGUCAUCAGCACUGAAUACUGCUAUAUAUUUUGUGACAUUUGCUUUUCAGGCCGACUACUAAAGCAUAUUAUACAUGAUUUUGUAUCUAGUUGUGCUAUAAGAUAUAAAUUUGGGAAACGUGCUCUGUCAUCAGCCCCAUAUAGGAAUAAGGUACUUUUAAUUAUACAAUAGAAAUAAUAAACUGGAAAAAAUAUGCAAGCGUAUGUACAUAAUAACUCAAGUAUGUCCAGAUAUCUAUAUACAAAAUUUUAUUUAAAUAACUGCUCCACAGAUAAUAGGAAUGUUUCCUCAAAUUCUUGUUCAGCAAAUCUUCUCACAGACUGUCGAGCAUUUUGUCUGAUCUCUAGCCUUUUUGUAGGAGACAAUAAAAAGAUAUGAGCCAUAGUGUCUGCAUAAUCAUCUUCAUUUUCUGCUAGAAAUCCUGUAAUGCUUCCUUCAUAGGGCACCACAAUGUCCAACUUGGGGCCUCCAGAAUUGUGAGCAAGGAUAAUUGUGCCAGCAGCCAUACAUUCAACAAUUCCUAUAAGAGACAAAACAAAGUAUUGUUAACUAGUACUGUUCUUUCAACUGACUUAUUGAUUUUAGUGUCGACAAAUAAAAGCAUGAGGAAGAACAAAAGAGGCUGCAUCCUAUGAAAAGAUCCACUCACCAAAAGUGGCGCCAUUACAGAAUGGAGGGGAAGCAGAUUUUGGGGGCUGCAAAGGGUGAGGGCUGCAACCCUUGAAAAUCUGCUCCAGAAGAGUGGGAGAUAGUAUAGGAAGUGGAAUCACUCUCUUCCCCACCCCCUUUUAUUAGAGCCUUUGCUGGAUCAAAGACCCUUUCAUUCACAGAUGAUACCAUAGGAUUUAACUCAAUGAAAUUUAAAUGUUGGUGUUUCAACACGUGAUUUAUAAUUGCUUGGUACAAGGAGGGUUGUGUCAUUGGUUCAAACCCAUAAAAUGUGCAAAACAGGGAAGGCAACAUAUUUCAUGGACCAACCUCUACUAGUGAAAAAGAAUGCAAACAGAAUUGAUGCAGUUUCCAGAUGAACUCAAAUUCUUACAAUAGUGUUUCCCAAUCUUCUGUUGACAAAAGUACACACAUCGCUCUUAUACUCAUGAAAAUUGGAGGAAGGCAUGCCCAGAUUACACAGUGCAUUGCAUCUGCAAGUUGGUAAUUGUGACACGUCUGCAUCAGCUGAGAUUUGAUCAAUUACUGCUCCUGCUGUAGCCACAAAGCCAAAUUACCUAACCUCAUAAACGACUAAAUAGAAUUAUGUCCAGAGCCUCAAAAGGCCUAUAAUUAAUUUCUUGCUGCACAUAGUGGUUCUCCCAUGUCACACUAGUGUAUCUAAAUUUCAUUAAGCAUCUGGGAAUGAUUAUUGCUUACAUGCUAGUCUUUAUCUUGUAUCUGGUAUAAUUUCUGACUUCACUGUUUAAUAAAGUGGACAACCAGUUAAUCAGAGUGUAACUUUUUAUGAAUAAAUGUGCUAAACUAUA